UGAAAUGUGAUAUGAAAAUAUUAGCUUUUUCACAUAAUGAGACAAGCUCAGGCAGUGAGGAGAAUGGUGGAAAAGGAAUUCUAUAGAACACAGCCAGCUUCUGCCUUGCUCAGUUCUUGACCCUCCCCAUCAGAAUAUUUCAUCUCAUUUAACAGCACUGGAAACUGUUGCUGCUAAACAAGAUCAAAUUAUUAUAGUUGCAUAGUUUCCUGCUUCUGUGUCUUUCCCCUGCAACUAAUUCAGUUCUCUUAAUCCUGUUAAAAGCAAAUUAGAAGGUCUAGGAAGCAGCCUGGCAUCCCCUUGUACUUCCUUGAAAAUUCUCCCAUCUGACUGGUGGUGUGGGGUUCCUUCUUGGUUAACAAUCGUUUAAGAAGGAAACACUGAGGCAGAAACCAAGUCCUUUAUUUUGGUAUUGCACUAAUAUAUAUCAAAAGUAGGACAGGAUGAAAUAAAAUUAUUUUAGAUCUUUUUCCCCCCAAAUCAAACAACCACAUUUCUCGGUAGGCACAUACAACUGAAAUGCUGCCAACAGCCUGCUCAAACUUUCCUCUUUCCAGACAGAGGCAGAUAUAUAGGUUUGGUUUUAUUUAUUCUACUUUCUAUUCUUAAGAAACAGUUACUUUUUUUUUUUUUUUUAAAGUAGCAGAAAUCACACAGACUCACACAUUCUGAGACAAUCAGGUGGUUUUUUUAUUUUGGAAAUGUAUAUGCCAGCUGGAAAGUAUAAUAUGUCUUUAUUAUUCUCUUGCCUAUUUUAAUUAUCUCUCUUGCUGUGUUCUUUCUGACCUGUCUUCUACUAUUCAGUUUCUCUUAUGGUAAUGCAGUUUGUGCUUUUUGUUAGACUUAGUCAGACUUAUUCACCUACUUUUGUCCUCAGCCAGCUCUUUCAUUACCUAUCUGUAAGUCUAUUAUUAGUAAGUGUUGUGGCUGAAGCUGCAGAAAACUAAUUUAAGGCAGGUAUUAGAAGCUUGUACAAUUAUUUGGUUUUUUUUGCUUGGUCAGCUUGAGUAUGAUAGAAACAGAAACCUCUAUCAAUCAGAAAGUGAUGCCAUUUGUCAGAUAAUCACUGCUGACACCGAGGACCAGAAUUUUGCUUGUAUUUUCCUUUUGCUUUUAUUUUCCUUUUGCUUAUUUUAAUAAGGUGACACUUGUCUUGGUAAGUAAUUGAUUUUUGUUCUGCUCCUUAUUCGAAAGACCUUUGUUAUCCCCAGUGCUGUUUUCCCACUACUGUAUUUGUAAUAUGCAACCUUCUCUUUAUUCUUUGUGUCUGGAAUUAAUUUUUUCCUGUAGUUUACAGUUGGUUGUUUUUGAAGGCAUCUUUGCUCUCAAAAUGAGGCUUUUCUCUUCUCAGAUAUUUGAAUCACGUUGACCGUAUCGCAUCCUUUGCUGUUGCCUUCAUAGCAGCACUCUGUCCUGGUGACGGUCUUUAUUUUGAACUCUCCAGUCCUCACUGUUGGGCUUCAUUGUGUAGUGUUUUCCUCCUCCCAUAACUGAAACUUCUUAUCCAGGCACAGCCUUUUUCUCGUGCCAUCCAGGCAUAUCUGGCUUAGGCAAUGUGCAUCUGGGGUGUGUGGGGUGUUGUUUCUCUUUUUUUCCUUGUAGAGUGCAAGGACGAGAAGGAGGACGCAUUGCUGAAUACUGAGCACUUUGUGGUAGAUGCUGAUGAUGUUGGUACAGGGAGCAGUGUGCUAUCUGCUUUCCAAAGCACAGCUGUAAAGGAUACCUUGGAAACAGAAGAUGGGAUCAACCCACUAAAGAAGGUGGAGGAAGAUGGAAGAUAUUGCACCCUGCAGGUAACUGGGUCAACUUCCCAUGACUCAGCAGCCCCUGACGGCCAGCUCAACCUUGCCUCAGUGUGGGGGGGGCUGUCAGAUUUCCUCAGUGACAUGAAGGGUCUGUCCCCACUUUCUGUGGUUGAAUUUGCACGGGAGCCCGCAAGUCAGUCAGGGUCACGUGAACAGUGUGACAGCUAUUACUCUGAUGGGAUUGAAAAGGAGGCAAAGAAGAAAAAAAGUAACCACAGAAGUGGAACGUGCGCUGAGAAAGCAUCUAGUGGAAUCCCUGGAGACAUCUGCAGGCGGGAUAUGUGUGGCCCAGCUACUCGCCGAUCAACCAAAUGCACUUCAGCCAAUGCUGCAGCUCAGCAAUCCAACAAGGUGUCUUCAGUUCUGGAAUCCAGAAGCAGCCAUGAUGGGACCAAGGGAAAAAAAGAGUUACUUGAGAAUCCAGAAAUUCUACCACGGGUCAGGAAGAAGUCACGCACCUUCUAUAGCACAGAGCAGCUAGAAGAGUUGGAGAAGAUGUUCCAGGAAGACCACUACCCCGAUAAUGAGAAGAGGAGGGAGAUUGCGGCUGCGGUUGGUGUAACGCCACAGCGUAUCAUGGUCUGGUUUCAGAAUCGCAGGGCGAAGUGGCGGAAAUCAGAGAAGUUGAGUGUGAAAGGCAACAAAAAGUAUUCAACGUCAUCAGCUCUGUCAGUCCCCUUUGGGUCAGAUGGUUAUGGGGCACCUCUUCUGCCCAUGCCUCCAUUGCCUGACAGUGCUCAUGACCAGUCUGCCACGCUUGGUGUAGACACUACAGCUGGGAACUACUCCAGCCUGCUCAGUGGACAUCCUGCACCACUUGCCUCCUCCUCAGUCUCUUCAGUGGCACAAAUGGUGGCAUCUUGUGAAGCAGUUCAGACAAAGGCACUACCACAGCUCAACUUCAGUUCCAGCAGAAUGGAGUGCUUCCCUAGCCUUCCCAGCCCUCCACCCAUCCGCAGGGCCAGCCUACCUCUCAGUCUGUCCUUCAGCUCCCACAACCAUAUUGUUCCCUUGAUGCUGGACACUCCCAACAGCGAAUGCAGCUUGUCCAGUCAGGAAAAUGGCUCUGGGGAGGCCUUUACUUCCAGCAUCCAGAACCAAGGUUUGAGUUCCCCAGUUUCCUGCCAUUACCCUGGGCAGCUGGAGUCAGCAGGCAACCUAGAGACCACAUACUGUCAGUACAGCAGCCAGGGUGGAAUUUACCAGCUGCCCCAAUAUCCCCAGCAGCACCAGCUCUCCCAGUUCCAUCAUCUGCCAGGUCACCUGGCCAGCAAUGUGCUCUCCAGUGUCCCUCUCACUCCUACACCACCACCCACUGAGUCCCAUACAGCUUUCCUCGCCUUGCCUGGUAACAGUGGAGUCGUAACCUAUGGGGCAGCAGGAGCUACACAAGGCUAUGCACAAAACCACAUGGGAGGACAGCUCUUGUUACAGCAGCCAAGUGGAAACUCAGCAGGCAUCACUGCCUAUCAAGCUGCCCCCUGGAAUGAUUUGUACACACAGGAAGCUCCGUUCUCCAAUCAGUUGCGCUCACAUAUGCCAUUUUCCAGCACAGCAGGAGGACAGUACUUCACAGAGGAGAUUUCCUAUACUCAGCCACCUUGCCUGCCCUCCUCUCCAUAUUUUCUUCAAGUGCCCAAUGGAAGAACGCUGGGAUCUAUGCCACAUACUGGAAAACAAAAGGGAGUCACACCACCAGACCAGAGUUCAUACCAGAACCACCAAACAGAGCCAGAGUUGAAAUCUUUUGCUGAAAGAGAGGAAGUAGAGAGUAGCGGCAAGAAAGGAGAGACUAUUGUUGAUAAUGAAGAAGAAACUAAUGACUGAUGCUGCAUUCUGAGAAAAAAAAGGAAGAGAAGGAGUUACUAUUUUAAGCUCUGCAAAAUAAGAAGAGAGAAAAAGAGAGAUGAUAAUAAUAUUUGCAACAGAAGCACUUUUUUUUCUUUUCUGGGUUGUAUUUUUUUUUCUUGUUGCCAUGAUUAUUCUCCCGCUGAGGAAAGAAGCAGGGAAAUUUCAGUCAAUAAAAGCUUCUAAUCUGUGUUUUUUGCAAAU